GGUGCAGCUGUACCUCAAUAACUUUUUUUUUCAUUCUGAAAUUUAAAAUAGAGAGAGUAUUUGUGCUUGGGCGAUGCGGCUUGUGAGACGGGUAGAGCAAGGAGUGAGGGAUGGCUACUACGGCCGGGCUGGGUCACCCCCAACCCUCUAAACCAGAUCAGUACGCUCCCCAUACUGGCCAGCAAGACCAGUACAGUACUCGUACAAACCAACAAGACCAGUACGCUACACGCAACGGUCAACCUGAUCAGUACACUUCCACACGCACUGGUCCAGGACAACAAAACGGUCUAAGGGGUGCCUUAGGACCAGAAACAGGAUAUCAAGGGUCAUCAAGGACCUCUGAGCAGGGAUACGGCAGAUCUGCUGCAACUGGGUCAGACCAAGGAUACCCUAGGGGAAACCCAGGACUUGACUCUGGAUACUCCAGGGGUAACCCAGGAGUUGACUCUGCAUACACCAGAGGUGGAGUAGGGGAACAAGGAGUUGGUAGGGGUACUACUGCCCCUGGAACACAGGACCAAGGAUACGGCAGGGGUAGACAAUCAAGAAGGGACCAACUAGGACCUGAAAGAGAUCCUACAGUAAGAGGACAGGGGUACGCUCAGGAAGGAGGGUACACAAGAUCCCAACCAGGAUCUACAAGGGGUAGCCCAGCAAGUGGGCGUAGAAACACAGGACGACCAACAGGAUCAAGAUCCUACAAUAACUCUCCCUCAGGAUACCCAGAAUCCUCAGUAGGGUUCAGUGAACGACCUCCUGUUGGAGAAACAGAACUAGACAAAAUGGAUCGAGGUAUGGAUAGAAUGGAUCGUAUGGAUCGCAUGGACAGAAUGGAUAGACCUAUGGAUCGAUCCAUGGAUAGAACUGUAGGUCCAAUGGAUAGGGCUGGGGGUCCUCAUGCACGCUCAAGAAGUGCCUCAAGAGGAUUUCCAACUAGAACAACACCUGGAGGUCCAGGAUAUCAUUCCCUUGACAGAGACAGAGAUGGAUAUGGGGGAGAUAGGGAUUCCUUCAUGCCAAUAGACAGACCUAGAGAAAGAUCUUUAGACAGAGGCAUGGACUAUGGCCAGCCAUAUGGCGGAGGAGGUGUAGGAGGGGUACCCGGUGUAGGGGGAGGAUAUGGACGAAGAGAGCGUUCCUUAGACCGAGGUCGAGAUCCAAUGUUAGACCCUGAUGAUGGAAUGUAUACCGGACGAGGUGAUAUGGGUCCACAUAGAUCAACCCGUCUCUCACCAAACCCCGCUGCAAUCCAGAGGGAUUCCUACAUAACUGACCUUCAGAGCACUAACUCUGAUCUUCAGCGAGACCUGGCAAACCUGAAAAAGGAGUUAGAACUUACCAAUCAAAAGCUCGGAUCCUCUAUGCACAGCAUCAAAACAUUUUGGAGUCCAGAGCUGAAGAAGGAACGUGCGCUCCGUAAAGAAGAAUCGGCAAAGUAUGCCCUUAUGAAUGAUCAAUUGAAGCUUCUAAACUCAGAAAAUCAGAAACAAGCCAUGUUAGUUCGCCAGCUAGAAGAUGAAGUUGUCAAAUGUAAAACUCAGUCCAGUCAUACCAACCCUGAGGUAAAAGCUCAUCUGGAGGCACUGCAGGUAGAGAAUGACCAUCUUACCAGGGAGAUAGCAAUCCUUAGGGAAACUGUCAAGAAACAAGCCAUGUUAGUUCGCCAGCUAGAAGAUGAAGUUGUCAAAUGUAAAACUCAGUCCAGUCAUACCAACCCUGAGGAAGAGGAGGCUAGAGUACAUCAGCAAAUGCAAAUGGUUGCUCAGAAACAGGUUGACGAGAUGAGAAUGGAGGUAUCACGACGGGAACAGGAACUUAUGCAGAUGUCAACAAAGAUGAAGACCCUAGAAGAGCAGCAUCAAGAUUAUCAGAAGCAUAUUGCUGUUCUCAAGGAGAGCUUGUGUGCUAAAGAAGAACACUACACAAUGCUACAAACUGAUGUUGAUGAACUGAGACAUAAAUUAGACUCAAAGAACAAAAUGAUUGAGAAAAAGACGCAGGAAGCAUUACAGGCAACACAGGAGAAGAAUAGAAUCUCUUCCGAAAUCAACGAAAUAAGAGAUCAUCUGGAUAUAAAAGACCGGAAACUGAGUGUUCUGCAACGAAAGAUUGAAAACCUUGAAGAUUUAUUAAAAGAGAAAGAUAACCAAGUGGAUUUGGCAAAAUCGAAACUAGCACAGGUUCAGAAUCAGUCUCACAGCAGUGAAGGAGCACUAUCAAGCCUAGAAGAAGCACUGAGUGACAGGGACAAGCAGAUAAACCAGCUGAGGGAUCAACGCGAUAGAGCAGAGAAAGAUGUUAAAGAAGAGAAGGAGCUCCAUGAAAGAGAAAUAGCGGACUUUAAGAUGAAAAUCCAUUCUUACGAAUCCGAGGCUAAAAGGUUGCAUAUGGAGCUGGAGAGAUCACGUGAUAUUGGAUAUCAGAGACAACCCAGCCCUCAGCUAGACAGAUUCCGUGCUUUGGGAAUCGACCGUGCAGUAGAGAACGCUGAGCUCCAAGAUAAACUGGAAAAAGCUCAGAAUGAACUAAGACGCGCACAGGCUGAGCUGAGACUGAACCAAUCUGAUUAUGAAAGAUCUACCGUUGAAAUGGAACAGAUGCAGGAAAAGGUUGAGAAGAGCCAGGGUGAGAUAUAUAGGUUGAGAGCUAAGCUUGAGAAUACCCAGUCUGAGAAUGAGAACAUACAAGAAGAGUUUGAUAAAAUACAAACUGCACUGAGCAGGUCAUAUGCUGAGCGGGAUAAAUAUGCUAGUGAGAUGGAUAAGAUCAGAGAAGAACUUGAGAGGGUUCAGGGCUCAGCUGGAAAGUACCAGGUUGCUAAUGAGAAGACCCAACUAGAACUUGAUAAAGCCCAUCAGGAGAUUGAUAUCCUCAGAGAGAAGAUGGAGAGAAACCAGGGAGAAUCCAGACGGGUUUUAAAGGUCUCAACUUUAAGUUCAGUUCAGAUAUUGCAGGAUCUUAAAGAUCAAAAUGAGCAGAUCCAAGAUGACAAGGCUAAACUACUGUACGAGCUGGACACUAUUCAAGCGGAAAUGGAGAAAGCCUCCGCCAUUAAUAACAGACUUCAAAAAGAGAAGGAAGAUGCCUACGCUGAUCUGGACAGAAACAGAGAGAAGUACGAUAAACUUCAGACAACCUUGAUACGGGUAGAAGAAGAGAAGGAUAGGAUGGAUACAGAGAUCGGCAGACAUCUCACACAGAUAGAUCUUCUCCAGAGGGAGAAGGAGGACUCUGUAAUUGAGCUGGAGGACUGUAAGGACAGGCUGGAGAAGGAGAAGAUGUCCAUCAAAAUUUUGACCGAGGAGAAGGACAUGAAUAAUAAAGAGUUUGAUCGGCUUCUUGAGAAAUAUGACAGGUGCCAGGGUGACCUAUAUAGACUCCAGAGUAAACUGGACAAUACACAAACAGAUCAUGAAAGAUUGACUAUGGAGUUGGAAAAGACUAACAUUCUGUCAAGUAAACAUAAAGAUGAUCAUAAGAAACUGAUGGAGGAGUUUAAUGGACUACAGGACAUGUAUGAUAAAACAUCCCUGGAGCUGGCUAAAACCAAGGAUAUGGAAGUUGGGUUGAAGGACGAUCUGGAGAGAGCUCAUUUCGAUCUUGAGAUGGUUCGGGAGAGGUUUGAUAAAACACAGGUUGAGCUGAGAAAGGUUCACCAAGAGAAGGAGAAGGUGCAGGGUGAGAAUGACAAACUCCAGUAUGAGCUGGAACGCGUCUCCUUGCAGCACACCAAGGCUCAGGGUGGUCUAGAUAAAUCUCAAGAAGAGGUUGCAAGACUACAGGUUGAGUUAGAGAAGCUGUAUGACAAGCAUGACAAAACCCAGAUGGAGUUAAGAAAAGUUUAUGGAGAGCUUGAGAAAUAUAAAUCUGAGACUGCAAGUCUUGAAGCUGAGGUUGAGCGGUUUGCUGGGCGGAUGGCCAAGUAUGUUGACAAUGAAGAGAAACUGACUGAAGACAUCAGUCGAGCUAAAAUUGAAACUGAAAAAGCCCGCGAGAAACUAGAGAGAUCUUUGACGGAUGUAGAGAACUUAACAGCCCAGGAAGCGAGGCAUAAAAAAGAAAUUGAAACUCUGAGAAACGAGUUGGAUAGAUCUGAAACCACCAAGAGCAAGUGUCUUUAUGAAAGUGAAAAGAUCCAAGUUGAAAUGGAGAAAGAAAUCAUGAAAAUUUUCUUGAAGUCGUGGGGUGCAUCAAGUCCAAUCGCUGAAACUUCUUAA